AUGCCUAGUGAUAUCCACGAUGGAUCCCAAGGGGCUAAAGAGAUAUAUAACUCGGCUUCGGGAGCCUCUGACGAAAACCAGAAGUUGGAAUUCAUAUAUACCAAUCUUUCUGAUCUGAGUGUCGGCCUUGACACAAGUACCCGCCGCAAAACUGCAGGCGUUCGAUUCGUUGCCUCUGGAUUGCCCAGGGAUGCUCUGUCUUUGGCAGAUCUUGCCGCAAAGUGUCGACAAGACUGCCUUCAACUCUUAGAAAUUGUCUCUCGCAUAAGGACUAGAGCCAGCUCCGGCCCAAAGAUGUGGAGAAGCUUUCGCGUGGCCUUGACGGAGGUGUUGAAAGCGAAUGAGAUUGAGAGACUGGAGGAACGCAUUGGAAGCUACCAGAGAUUAAUGGUCUUGCAUCUUUGUUCCGCGUCGAAGGGAACAAUAGAUGGGAUAGAUGCCCAGAUAAAAGCGAUUCGUUUUGAGUCUUGUGUCACUCAAAAUCAGAGAUCUCAACAAAUUAAUCAGAUCUCGCAGACACUUGAAAGCAUCCACAGCUAUAUCUCUAGAAUCUUAUCGGACCGAAACAAGAAACAUCUAUCGGGUGACGAGAUAGAACAAUUAACAACGAGAGUGUCUGAGCUCUCUCUUGCUAGCGAAGAGUACGCCACACAAAAUAAGUUGCUGAGUAGUCUCAACUACGAACAACGGCCUGCAAGGCAUGAGAGCAUAACUGAUGCUCACAAGAAGACGCUCAUUUGGAUGUUCUCGUCUUGUAGUUCUGAGAGCGGCGAGAAGAACAAUUUUGCGGAAUGGCUACGCGAGGGGAAAUCAACUUUCAUGAAGUUCGUUGCCGAUAACCGAGUCACCGAUAAUCUUUUAUCACAAUGGGCGCACCCUAAAGAUAUCAUUAAGGCUUGCCACUACUUUUGGAGCCCAGGUACAGAUAUCCAGAGGUCGCAAGAUGGAUUACUCCGUUCGCUUCUUUAUGACAUUCUUUGCCGAAUUCCAGGCUUGAUCAAGGUUGUCUGCCCAGAAAGAUGGUUGCAGAUAUGCUCUAGCAGACAAUCGGCGCUGCCGUGGCUGUUGCCAGAGCUUCAGGAGACCAUUAGAAUGAUAGCAGAGCAAAGCGAACUUCCUUUCAAGCUCUGUCUUUUUGUCGAUGGCCUAGACGAGUUCGGUGGAGACCAUUCGUUACUCUGCGAAUUGUUGACUCAGCUUAGUCGUUGCCCUAGCAUCAAACUUGUUGUUUCAAGUCGCCCUUGGAAUACCUUUGAAACCUAUUUUGGAAGGAAUUCUACCAGAAAGCUCUACUUGCACGAUCUGACUCGAGAUGACAUCCGUAACUACGCAGAGAGCCAACUUCUCGAACAUCCCAAUUGGAACGUUCUGAAGACUGAAUCAGGCCAUUGCCAAGCAGUCUGGUUAGUUGAUGAAGUCACUAGCCGGUCUCGAGGUGUCUUUCUUUGGGUGUUCCUUGCAACACAAUUACUCAGAGACGGGUUAACCAACUACGACACGCUUCUGGAUUUGAAGGACAGGCUUGAGAGAAUCCCUGAUGAUCUUAGUGUCUUCUUCAGACACAUGCUGGAGUCCGUGGAAUCAUUCUAUCACGACAAGAUGGCCGGCACACUUCAGAUUGCUUUAGCUGCAAAGGAGCCCCUCCCUAUCCUAGUUUACAGCUUCCAUGAUUUAGGAUAUGAGGAUAAAUUCUAUGCAAUGAAAGAAAAAGUGCAACCAUGGACUAAACAAGAACUGGAUGCAUUUCAACAACCAUUUUCGCGCCGCCUCAACGCUCGAUGUAAAGGACUGCUCGAAAUCCAAGGACGCAAUGUCGAGUUUCUUCAUCGCACAGUUCGGGACUAUUUCCGAACUGCAGAGAUGCAAGAUUUCCUUGCCAGCAAAAGAGUCGAUGAUGUUGAUCCACAGUGCUCGAUACUCCAAGCAUACGUCGCAUGGAUCAAGCAUAAGACUUUCUUUGGAAGUUCUCAACCUACUCGACUGCUUCGGAUUGGCGUAGUUGAUUAUAUCGAGCACAAGUUGGACGAGGAUGUUACGUUUUUAGACACUCUUGAUGUGCCGCCGUUGGCGAUUGCCCUUGGACUUGAUCGGAAGCUCGAGUCUGGCAUUCACCGAGGUUGGUGCAUUCAUCGGGUGAACGUUCUUCGUUGUCUCCUUCGCAGAAGGCAUAAUUCAAACCAGGAGUUUUCAUGGGCCAAAGAUGGUAUCAGAGAGACCCCGUGGUCCACUUUUACUGCCAAUCUUUUGAGAGACGGCCUUGAGAUCGAAACUCAAGAACUUUUCGAAGCAUUGGAGAAGGGAGUCAUCUCCUUGCUUUUGGAAUUUGGCGCGAGUCCCAACUUAACUUUGGUGACAUCUGAACCAAAGUGGUAUUUGUCCCCUUUUGUUACCGUCUGCGAGGUUCCACUUUGGGUAGGGUUUUUUCUCUUCAUCUAUUCGACAUCCGAUCUUGUGGAACAUGCGCAAUCUUACCUCCAAGCACUGGACAUGCUACUGGCCAAAGCAGACUUGGAUACGGUCAACCAUGGUUUAAGUCCUUUCCAAAACGACUUGGGAGAAAAGAAGCUAUCUACCCAAGCCAAGACCGAUAUGACAGCAAGAUGUGCGGUGUUUCACAUUAUCGGUCGCUCACUGCAACGCAUGGUCAACGUGUCUGCUUGCCAAACAUACAACUAUCCUCAUUUGCAGCUCCUUGCAAAAGCAAUCGGAGCUUUUCUCAUACAUGCGGCUCAUCCUUCUCUACCUAUUGUUCAGGUCCAAGGCAAUAUUCAACACAUAUUCCCACCAAGCUUAGAAAAAUACCUCUUAGACAUCAUCCGCACUCAUUAUCCGGCUAAGAAUAAUAGCUCUAAAAGUUGCAAAAGAGGGGCCUCAACUAACGAUAGCGCAGAGAGUACAGAAAGAGAAGUGAUUAGAUGGAAAAGGUCGAAAACACAAAGCCAAUCAUCAAUCCAAAGCUAG